CGUUGAUCCAUGCUUCGAUUCCAUUACCAUUUGAGAAAAAAUGAUUGGCUAAAUAGACGAAAUUGGAGAAUCGCACGUCGGCCGGCAACGGAAAGGUACGACCUUUCAACAAAAACAAAACCCCGUAAGCUCAUCUGCGUCACUGCGUGCUACUCUCUCUCGCUCUCCACAACUCCCUCUGCAUGCUCUUCUCUCUCUCUCGCACUCUCUCUUUGCCAUUUCUCAAAGCAGAACAAUAUUCGUCUCUGUUUUUACCAAAUGGGUUCUGGUUUUCUGCAAAUGUACAGAGCAAAGAGAAGCUCGGAGAACGAAUCACAGCGCUGCAGCAGCUCGUUUCACCCUACGGCAAGGUGGAAUUGCAAAAACCCAAAUCAAGCCACCCAGUUAAUUAUUUUUUGACAAUAUUUUUGCAAAUUCAUCGAAAAUAUUUUUUCUUCUUCUGGGAACUUGGAAAAUUGGGUGUGUUGCAGACCGACACGGCAUCGGUGCUUCACGAAGUGAUGGGAUACAUCAGAUUUCUGCGGGAGCAGGUUCAGGUCCUGUGCUCGCCUUACCUUGAACGGCUGGAGCCUCCUUCAUUACCUUUACCUGUAAUCCAUGCUUCGAUUCCAUUCAAAGAUCUUUUGUCCAUUAAUCAGUGAAUUCCCUAAAUAUGCCCAUUCAAAGAUCUUUUCUUCAAUCUCCAUAG